AUGGCCGACGAGGUGACGAUCGACAAGGCUACCUUCCACAACCGCCUCUCGGCCUUCAUCUCGCAAUGGAGGCAGGACAAGCGCAAUGGCGACUCUCUGUUCGGAGGCGCCUCAUCUAUCGCCAUCGUCAUGGGCAAGUCAGAUGAGUCCCAGGGCUUUUCCAAGACUAGUGCUCUGCAGUUCUGGCUGUUGGGCUAUGAGUUUCCCUCUACCGUCUUUGUCAUUACACAAGACUCUAUGCACAUCGUCACCACCAAGAAGAAGGCCACUUAUCUUGAGCCUCUCAAGGACGGCAAGACACCCGUUGAGAUUCUCGUCAGAGGCAAGGAUGCCGCCGAGAACGCAAAGCAGUUCGAAACUUGCCUAGAUAUCAUCAAGAACGCCGGCAAGAAAGUCGGCGUCAUUUCUAAGGACCCCUCGAACGGACCCUUCAUCAAGGAGUGGAAGGAUAGUUUCGCAACCAUUUCCAAGGACGUCGAAGAGGUCGACAUCACAUCGGCCAUCUCAGCCGCUCUCAGCAUCAAGGACGAGAAGGAGCUGCGCGCAAUCCGCGAUGCCUCGCGCGCAUCCAGUGGCAUCAUGGCCAACUACUUUGUCGACCAAAUGUCGGGUAUUCUAGAUGAGGAGAAAAAGAUGAGCCACAAGGCUCUGUCACAGAAAGUUGCCGACAAGAUCGAGGACGACAAAUUCUUCCAGAAGCUGAAGGUCUCGAGCGGUUUCGAUCCCUCCCAGCUCGACUGGUCUAUCUCACCCGUCGUGCAAAGUGGCGGCAAGUAUGAUCUGAAACUUUCUGCCGAGCCAGACGACAGCAACUUGCACGCCGGCGUCAUUCUAUCGACUCUUGGAUUGCGCUACCUCAGCUACUGUUCCAUCAUUUCCAGAACCUACCUAGUCGACCCCAACAAAUCCCAGGAGAGCGCCUACAAGUUGUUGCUUGCCGUUCACGAUAGCAUUCUUAAGAACAUGAAGGACGGUAUGGUCGCAAAGGAUGUCUACGCCAAGGCAAUCAGCCUUAUCAAGUCGAAGAAGCCCGAGCUCGAGAAGAACUUCGUCAAGUCGGUUGGAUACGGUAUCGGUAUUGAGACUCGCGACAGCUCGUUCCCCAUGAACGGAAAGAACACCCAGACUCUGCGCGAUGGAAUGACAUUCAGCAUUACCACUGGUUUCCACGACAUCGAGAACCCCAACCCUCAAGACAACAAGAGCAAGACAUACUCGCUGCUGCUCACCGACACUGUGAGAGUAGGUGGUAGCGAGGGUUUGGUCUUCACCAAGGAUGCUCCAUCAGAUCUUGAAUCGACUUCCUUCUUCUUCAAGGACGACGAAGACGAGCCGGAGAAGGCAAAGCCCAAGCCAAAGAAGGACUCCCGCGUUGGUGCUGUCGCAAAGGGAAACAUCACGAGCACCAGACUGCGCAGUGAGCGCAGCACACAGCCUAACGAGGAGAAGGAAGCUCAACGCAAGGAACAUCAAAGAGAACUCCACUCCAAGAAGCAGCAACAAGGCCUGGACAAGUACGGCGAAGGCACUGGCAACCUUAACGGUACAGAGGUGAAGAAGUUCAAGCGCUUCGAGUCGUACAAGAGAGACAACCAGUUCCCUUCGCGCGUCAAGGAUCUUAUUGUCUUGGUCGAUGUCAAGAAUGCUAGCAUCAUUCUGCCAAUCAUGGGACGUGCUGUUCCGUUCCACAUCAACACUAUCAAGAACGUCAGUCAGACUGAGGAGAAUGCCUUCUCUUUCUUGCGUAUCAACUUCCUGUCUCCUGGUCAGGGUGUUGGUAGAAAGGAUGACCAGCCUUUCGAAGACCCUAUGGCUCACUUCCUUCGAAGCUUGACGUUCCGAUCGAAGGAUACUGACAGAAUGAACACCAUCGUCGCACAAAUCACUGACAUGAAGAAGGAUGCUGUGCGUAAGGAACAGGAGAAGAAGGAUCUCGAGGAUGUUGUUGAGCAGGACAAGCUCGUCGAAAUAAGAAAUCGCCGACCUCAGCGUCUCGACAACAUCUUCAUGCGUCCCUCAUUGGAGUCUAAGCGCAUUGGUGGCUCGGUUGAGAUCCACCAAAACGGUCUGCGUUAUGCUCACAUGGGUGGUGUUAAGGUUGAUGUUCUCUUCAGCAACAUCAAGCACCUCUUCUUCCAGCCUUCGCAGCAUGAACUUAUCGUCAUCAUCCACUGCCACUUGCACAACCCUAUCAUGAUUGGAAAGAGGAAGACCAAAGACAUUCAAUUCUACCGUGAAGCCACAGAGAUGCAAUUCGACGAGACGGGUAACCGCAAGCGCAAGCAUCGCUAUGGUGACGAGGAGGAGUUCGAGGCAGAACAGGAAGAGCGCAGACGUCGUGUCCAGCUCGACAAGGAGUUCAGGUCGUUUGCCGAGAAGAUUGCCGACGCUGGCAAGGGCGACAACCUGCAAGUCGAUAUGCCUUACCGCGAUCUCGGUUUCAACGGUGUCCCUGCUCGCUCAAGCGUUUACAUCCAGCCUACCACCGAGUGUCUCAUUCAGAUCACCGAGCCUCCGUUCACAGUCAUCACACUCAACGACAUUGAGAUUGUCCAUCUGGAACGUGUUCAGUUCGGUUUGAAGAACUUUGAUAUGGUCAUCGUCUUCCAGGACUUCCAGCGUCCUCCUGUUCACAUCAACACAAUUCCCGUCGAGUCACUCGACAGUGUCAAGGACUGGCUGGAUUCAAUCGACACACCCUACUCAGAAGGUCCUCUCAACCUGAACUGGGGUACUAUCAUGAAGACUGUUACUGCCGAUCCCCACGAGUUCUUUGCUGGUGGUGGUUGGUCCUUCCUUGCUGCCGAGUCAGACGACGAGGAACAGAGCGAGGAAGAGGAGAGUGCCUUUGAAGUCAGCGACGAGGAUCUCGCUAGCGACGAGAGCAGCGAGGACGAGUCAGACUUCGAUGAUGAUGCCAGCGCCGAUGCCAGUGAAGAGGAGAUGAGCGAAGACGAGAGCGGCGAGGACUGGGAUGAGAUGGAAGAGAAGGCCAAGAAGCGCGACCGCGAAAGCGGCCUUGACGAUGAGGACAGACGUCCUGCCAAGGGUGGCAAGAACAAGAAACGAUAG